UAUAGCUUAAGCACCAACCAAAACACAAACACAUAAACAUAGAACACACAACCAUGUCACAAGUCGAUACUCCCUUGACAUUUACCGUCCGAAGACAUCCACCAGAACUCAUUGUUCCAGCCAAACCAACCCCUAGAGAACUAAAGCCUCUAUCCGAUAUCGAUGAUCAAGAAGGUCUUCGGUUUUUGAUCCCAGUUAUCCAAUUUUAUCGUGCGGAUCCAAAAAUGGGAAAUAAGAAUCCCGCGAGUGUGAUCAGGGAGGCUCUAGCUAAGGUGCUAGUGUUCUACUAUCCGUUUGCUGGCCGCCUUAAAGAAGGUGCGGCCAGGAAACUGAUGGUAGACUGUGGUGGUCAGGGUGUGUUGUUUGUUGAGGCUGAAGCUGAAGUCACCUUGAAACAAUUUGGUGAGGCGCUUCAACCUCCGUUUCCUUGUUUGGAAGAACUUCUUUAUGAUGUUCCUGGAUCCGGUGGUGUACUAGAUUCACCAUUGCUUCUAAUUCAGGUGACACGAUUGUUAUGUGGAGGUUUUAUCUUCGCUCUACGACUGAAUCAUACCAUGAGCGAUGCACCAGGACUAGUUCAAUUCAUGGUUGCGCUCGGCGAAAUGGCGCAAGGUGCAUCGGCACCAUCAACAUUGCCAGUGUGGCAAAGGGAGUUGCUUUUUGCAAGGGACCCACCACGCGUGACAUGUACUCAUCGUGAGUAUGAAGAAGUGGAAGACACAAAAGGUACAAUAAUUCCACUAGAUGACAUGGCCCAUAGAUCAUUUUUUUUCGGGCCAAAUGAGGUGUUAGCCUUGCGGAGAUUCUUGCCAAAACACUUAAAAAAGUGUUCCACCUUUGAGGUGCUAACAGCUUGCCUUUGGCGUUGUCGUACCAUUGCUCUUAAACCCGACCCUGAAGAGGAAAUGCGGAUUAUUUGUAUUGUCAACGCUCGCGCCAAGUUCAAUCCUCCUCUGCCCGAAGGCUAUUAUGGAAAUGGUUUUGCUUUUCCUGUUGCCAUUUCCACAGCCGGUGAUUUAUGUACAAAACCAUUAGCACACGCUUUAGAACACGUGAUGAAGGCUAAAUCGGAUGUCAACGAGGAGUACAUGAGAUCAAUAGCUGACCUUAUGGUAACCAAAGGCAGGCCUCAUUUCACUGUGGUUCGAGCCUACCUUGUUUCAGAUGUGACUCAUGCUGGAUUUGAUGUGGUUGAUUUUGGUUGGGGGAAAGCGGCGUAUGGAGGGCCCGCGAAAGGGGGAGUAGGUGCUAUCCCGGGUGUUGCUAGUUUUUAUAUACCUUUUACAAACCAUAAGGGCGAGACUGGAAUCGUGAUACCUGUAUGUUUGCCGAGUUUCGCGAUGGAGACGUUUGUGAAAGAGCUAGAUAGCAUGUUGGCACAAGACAAUAGCCAUCAAGUACUCCAAGAACACAACUCACAUGUUCUUUCCCGACUAUAAAAGAAUUUCACUUUUUUGAUUAUGUAUGUGUCUUCAUAAUUUGCCUUUUAAGAUAGAUUUUUGUUCCAUAAAAUGUUUGAAAUCGUAUCUGUAUGUAUAAAUAUGUGGCUGUACUACUCGAUAUUCUAUUGUAUAAUGUGAUUUUUUUUUUCUCUAUAAAGGUUAUCUUGUUUAAUUA